AUGAUCUUGAAGAACAAGAACAAAGUGACAAAAGCUGUUAAAGGAUCUGCUUCAUUGAAGGCAAUGAGACUAACAAAAAUGCGAGACGGGCCUAUAUCAGACAUGGGGAAACUUCUAAUGACCUGGAUUGAAGACCAGACACAGAAACAUGUCCCUCUUAGCACCAUGAUGAUCACGGCCAAAGCUAAAAGUGUGUUUGUAAUGUUGAAAGAAAAGGCUGUAUCUGACUACAAUCUUGAAUUUACUGCUAACUCUGGGUGGUUUAAACGAGUCAAGAAUUUUUAUUCAUUACAUAAUGUGGAAGUGAGUGGUGAGUCUGCAAGUACUGAUGUGAAGGCAGCUGAAGAAUUUUGGAAGCUUGUGGAGGCUGCCAGCAUUGGAUUCAUCAUUGUGAUCGACAGACGGAGGGACAAAUGGAGCUCCGUAAAAGCAUCCUUGACACGAAUAGCUGUAUCAUUUCCAGGAAACUUGCAGCUCAUAUUCAUCCUUCGUCCAUCUUGCUUUAUCCAGAGGACAAUCACUGACAUUGGCAUUAAAUACUAUCGAGAUGAAUUUAAAAUGAAAGUGCCGAUUGUUGUGUUAAAUUCUGUCUCUGACCUUCAUGGCUACAUUGACAAAAGCCAACUGACAGAGGACUUAGGGGGAACUUUGGAAUAUCGCCACAGUCAGUGGAUAAAUCAUCGAACUGCCAUCGAAAACUUUGCCUUGACCUUGAAGACCACUGCCCAGAUGCUUCAGAUGUGUGGGACCUGCUUGGCCACAUCAGAGCUGCCCACAGGCAGGCUGUCCACUGAAGAGCUUCUCGUGUCCCACACGAGGCAGUGGGACACGCUGCAGGAUGAGCUGAAAUUACUUGGAAAGCAAGGGGCCACAUUAUUGUCAUGCAUUCAAGAACCAGCAACCAAAAAUUCCACCAGUAAACUCAAUCCCAAUGAACUUGAGAAUGUAGCUACCAUGGAAAGGUUACUAGGUCAACUGGAUGAAACCAAAAAAGCCUUUAGUCAGUUUUGGUCCAAGCACCACCUGAAGCUUAACCAAUACCUCCAACUACAGCACUUUGAGUACAACUUUUGUGAGAUUAAGCUUGCCCUGGACAACUUGUUGGCAGAACAAGCAGAGUUCACAGACAUUGGAGACAGUGUGAUGUGUGUGGAACAACUUCUUAAGGAACACAAAAAACUGGAAGGAAAAGGCCAGGAGCCCUUGGAAAAAGCCCAGCUGCUUGCAAUGAUGGGGGACCAGCUCACCCAAAGCCACCACUAUGCAGUGGCCUCCAUCAGACCCAAGUGUGCGGAGCUCAGGCACCUCUGCGAUAACUUCAUCAAUGAAAACAAGAGAAAACAUGACAUCUUAGGAAAAUCUUUGGAGUUGCAUAGACAGCUGGACAAGGUCAGCCAGUGGUGUGAAGCGGGAAUCUACCUCUUGGCUUCCCAAGCUGUAGACAAGUGCCAGUCACGAGAGGGGGUUGACGUUGCCUUGAAUGACAUCGAGGCAUUCCUGGGCACAGCCAAGGAGUACCAGUUGCCCAGCCCCAAGGAAUUUUACAACCAAUUUGGGUUGAUGCUCACCCUCGAAGUGAAGGCCAAAGCCCAGAAAGUCCUGCACAAGCUGGGUGAUGUACAGGAAAUAUUUCACAAGAGGCAAAUGAGCCUGAUGAAACUGGCAGCCAGACAGACUCGCCCAGUGCAACCUGUGGCCCCCCAUCCUGAACCCUCCCCAAAAUGGGUGUCAUGGAAGACCAGCCAGCCCUCCGCCUUGGGCCCUCUUCAGAAAACACCUGAGGAUGCUUCUGUGGAGACAGAUGUGAACUCCCUGGAAAAGGAAGAUGACAAGACUAAAUGUGAAGGCAAGAAUGAAGAAAUACUUGAAAGCAGUCUUGAUGGGGAGAACCCUGAGCGGGAGCAGCUAGACCAUCCAGAAAAUCUUUCCCCCAUCAGGCGCAUUAUACACGACUUGCUUGAGACUGAAGAGAUUUAUAUAAAACAGAUUAAGAGCAUAAUUGAUGGAUACAUCACUCCAAUGGAUUUUAUUUGGCUGAAGCACCUGAUUCCAGAUGUUCUUCAAAAUAACAAGGACUUUCUCUUUGGGAAUAUUAAAGAACUUUAUGAAUUUCACAACAGGACUUUUCUAAAAGAAUUGGAAAAGUGCACUGAAAACCCAGAACUUCUGGCACGAUGCUUUCUCAAGAGAAAAGAAGAUCUUCAAAUAUAUUUUAAAUACCAUCAGAAUCUGCCCCGAGCUACAGCAAUCUGGCACGAAUGUCAAGACUGUGCCUACUUUGGGGUAUGCCAGCGCCAAUCGGAUCACAAUCUCCCUCUUUUUAAGUAUCUUAGAGGACCAAGCCAGAGACUUAUAAAAUACCAGACGCUGUUGAAGGAUCUACUGGAUUUGGAGUCUCCUGAGGAUUUGAAGAUAGACCCAGAUGACCUAGAAGGAGGUUCGGUUAAGGUACUGGAUGUUAAAUAUUGUUUGUUUGUUUGUUUUUUAACAAUACCGAGAUCUUUUAUUUUUACAUUUAUGUACGACGACACGCCUGCUGUCCUCUCCUCUCCUCUCCCCACCCAGAGACUGGAUGAUAUUGGAAAACUGGGUAAGCUGUUGAUGCAUGACUCUUUCAACGUCUGGACAGUUCACAAGGAUCGUUAUAAGAUGAAGGAUUUUAUUCGCUUUAAGCCCAGCCAGAGGCACAUCUAUCUAUUUGAAAGGGGGAUGAUGUUCUGUAAGAUACGAAUGGAGCCCAGUGACCAGGGCCCAUCUCCACGUUACAGCUUUAAGAAGUCUAUGAAGUUGAUGACACUUUCAAUUCACCAACUUGAAAGGGGGAGCAACAGAAAGUUUGAAAUUGGCAACCGAAAUGGACUUGAGAAAUACAUCCUGCAGGCAGCUUCAAAAGAAAUCAGAGAUUGUUGGUUUUCAGAAAUAAGUAAAUUAUUACUAGAACAACAAAACAAUAUUGAAGAUAGUUACGAAGAUGAAGACAACAGCAGACAAAUCUCCCCCAAAUCUCUCUGGACUUUUCCAGUUGGACGACACUUACGAAACAUGUUCCUCCAAGCCUGUUCUGGAAGCGGGAGAAAGCACCCAGGAAGGAAAAGAAGGCGGCGAUGGGAAGGACACGUGAAAGUGAGAGAGGAAAGAAAAUACACUGUGGAAGGAGCCAGCUACCAUGUUGAGAAGACACUGAAGGAGCCCUAUGACCCACGUGGCAGGAAGGGAAACCUGUUGCCAGCAGCCAUGUGAAUGAGCCACUUUGAAAGUAGAUUGUCCAGCCCAGUCAAGCCUACAGAGGACUUUAGCUCCAGCUGCUGUAUGACUGAAACCUCAUGAGAGACCCAGAGCCAGAAGAACCCAACUCAGCUGCUUUUGAAUUCAUUACCAGACAAUCACGAGAUUAAUAAAUGUUUGUUGUUUUAAGCUGAUAAGUUUGGGGGUAAUUUGUUAAGCAACAGUAGAUAACAAAUGUAAUAUUAAAUAAUUAAAACUGGUUAAUAAAGCAUUAUACUGACACGAUGGAACUCGA